UAAAUUUGACCCACAAUCAGAGGAUCGGGCUAUCGUAUUCAUUACACGAUGCCCACAGAACGUGAAAGUUUAAAAUUAACGAAUUAAAUAUCUAUCAGUUUAUAUAAAACUCAUGUUACAGGGCAUUUUACAUCGGAACAAAGUAAGAAGACCCGUGAAACCGUUCGCCAUAUUGCUCUCUCGUUCAGCAACUUCUGUCACAUAGUAACAGAAGUGACCAAAUGUCACGAGAUCAGUUUACUAUUACUGCUCGUAUUCUACGGAAUCCACCUCGUCAUCACGCCGUAUUACGUCUCUUUGGCGAUACAGAGCCCAGAAGAACAGAGUCAGGCUGUAUUCCAGAUGCUCUUGUGGUGUAUCGUACACUUCAUCAGCUUGAUUCUGUUAGUGGAACCAUGUCACUGGACGCAGGAAGAAGUCAAUCGCACUCAUAUACUGGUCAGCCUCCUGACAGAUCGAGCAUCAGCUGCAGACAAUCUUCUGAAUGCGGAAUUGAACCAAUUUUACAAGCAUCUCACAUUGAACAAAGUAGCAUUUUCACCGCUUGGGAUGUUCACUAUGGGAAGACCAUUAUGCGCUACGAUUGUGGGAAUCCUUUCAACUUACCUCGUCAUCAUCUUCCAGUUCCAGACAGCGGCCGAUAGAGUAGACGGUUUCUAA